AUGUCCCUGCCGUCGACGUUCCGGUGCUCCAUCGGUUGGGUCCGCCGUGCCUUGCGCCGCCAGGGCGUGAGGUGCAUUGCCGCAUGUGGUGAGGCGGCCGACCAGGACAUUGCGGCUGUCCGUACGACUCAGGAGAAGCUCCCGCAGCUCCUCAUGCACCUCUCUGUCAGGCCUCGCGACACAUACAACUUCGACGAAACUGCACUCUUCAUUUCGGUGCUGCCUCGCAAGACGUACGGCGCUAGCCGUGUGGCGGGCAGGAAGGCAGUGAAAGACUGCCUCACCGUCGGCUUUCUCGUCAACGCCGACGGCUCGCACACUUUCCGCCCCUUGGUGAUCUCCAAGGCGAAGCACCCCCAUGACUUCCGCCCUAACUUUGAUCCGGAGGAGCAUUGCUACUGGCGCAACACAGCCAAAGGCUGUAUGACCUCACCGCUUUUCACCCUCUUCAUCGAGAAGCUGAACGCAGCAAUGUAUGCCGAGGGUCGGCAUAUUGUGAUUCUGCUCGACAACGCGAGCACCCACGUCCUCACGUCGCGAGGCGCCACCUCCGAAGACCUGUUCGGGUUCCGCACGCGCUCUCUCUCGAACGUCCGACUGGUGUAUCUCCCACCGAACACCACCUGCUUCACCCAGCCUCUCGAUCAGGGGCUCAUCGCGAUGGCGAAGGCGCGGUACCGGCAGCAUUGGCUGCGCGCCUUCACCGCCCGCUGCAAUGCGGAAGGAGCUACCUCGUGCGUGGCGCGCUUCAAGCCCAACCUCCGCGACGUCGUGGCCUGGCUCAACGACGCGUGGAUAAACAUCGAGGUGCGCACCAUCCAGCGUUGUUGGUGGCGCACCGGCUGCCUGCCGCGUGCGUGGGCCAUGGACCUUCCACUUGUGGGCGACGACGCCGUCAAUGUGGGCCGAGAUGUGGACAUCGGCCUUGACGAGGAGAUCGGGGAUGUUGGCAUCCUCAUCGAUCGCCUCGGCCUCGGCUCAAGCGCCAUGCCGGCAGCGGCCUUGGUCGCCAUUGACGACAACCAGGCAACCUGCGCAGAGCCGGGCGAGGAUCCGCUCGCGACCGAGCCGCCUACCGCGCCUUCUGCGGAGAUGUGGGAAGCCCCCGCCACCAUGCAAGCCGUCUACGAAGACAGCAACCCCGAGUCCCGCGAGGCACGGCGCUACGCUCGAGCGGCCUCCGAGAUGCUCAUCGGCUACGCGAAGGCAACCGGCAUCACCCCGCGGGACUUGUGCGCGCUCUUCGACAUCCGCAACCCAUCAUCAGGGCGCGUAUGGAGCGCGCCAGCCCGCCUAUUAAUCUCAACAUGA